UGCAUUGCGCUUCACACCCUUACGUUUACCUGUCGCCUGAGCCCGCCGUCGCACAAUCGUGUCCCACAUCCUCUUUACAGCGCUGCAAUCUCUGUUCACCGACUGACAUUAUAGGACAAACUAGGUUUUCAUAAACGCGCAGCGUGAGCGCCGCCGAGCUGGGACGGCCAGAUGGCGCGCAGCCAGCCGAUUCUCUUUGAGGACGUGUUUGAUGUAGUGGAUAAGGACCCGGAUGGCAAGAAGUUUGACAAUGUCUCGCGCUUCAUCUGCCAUAGCGAUCUCUACGAGAUGGACCUGCAUAUAGACAUCAACACGGAGCUCUUCCCGCUCCAACGCAAUGACAAGUUCAGCCUUGUCCUGGCGUGGACCAUCAACUUGGACGCCACACCGGGGAGCGAGAAAUACGACGCGGACUUCCCCGCCAUCAGCGGCCGCCGCACGCUGAUGGACAACUACGACUACGUCAUGCACGGCAAGGUGUUCAAGUACAAGGACAACAACAUGAAGGUGGAGGUGUUCGUGUCGUUUGGCGGGUUGCUAAUGAAGCUGGCGGGGGACCCCGCCAAGCUCGAACCCAUCGAGGUCGACAACAACGUCUACCUCUUGCUCAAGAAGCUCUGAGAAAGAGCGGUUGAGCGGUUGGGUCCGGGGAUGGGGUGAGGAACAAGCGUGCAGGGAGCGAGGUUGCGCACGGCUCCGGAAGUGGGGUUGCCGUACAAGAGGGGCAGGCGCAGGCAGGCGCUGCAAGGAGGCAGGAACACACGGACGGCGGUGGAAGCCAAUUCACAGCAGCUGCUGCUGUUGCUUAUGGCAGGUGCAUGGUCCAGCAGCUGGUGGCUGGUGCGGGCGGGCGUGGGGGCGAUGAUUGGGUGGAUUGUCACGUACCGGUAGUGCUUGUAGGCGGUGAAACACAAGGAAGCGGUGCGUAACUGACGCAGUUGCAUCUGCUGCGCGCGCCAACCUGUGCAUGCUAUGGCGCCCCCGCCCGGAGCGACCAGUUAUGUUUGGCAGGCCAGCAGCGUGAGGACUGGAGAGCGGCGGAGCGCAAGACAUGCCACAGCAGCAAACACGGCGGGUCAUAUCUGAGGCUGGUGCUGGUGGUGCUGUAGGACAGCCGGGUAGGUGCUAGCUACUGGUGGGAGGGGCUGCGGGUCCUGGUGCUGUUUUUGGGGGGGGCUGCCUUUGCAAGAUUUGCUGCAUGCGGCUGCUGCCGCUGGAUGGCUGUCGCCUGCUGGCGCCUGAAGAUAGCCGCGCCUGGUGGGAGGCCGAGGUGCAGAAUGCUUGCGCAAGCAAGCAACGGUGAUGUACCCCGGCGGGCGGGCUGGUUGGCGGGCUAGCGGCGGGCUUGUAUCAAGCAGGAGCUAGUAACAAGCCCGCAUUUGUGCAUGUGCGGAAUUGCUACGCUACGACAAAUCCAAGUGUGUAUGUGUGUGGCAUGGUGGCAGCGGGAUGUGCGGCGCCCUAGCAGGUCUCCGGUCUCGCUCCCCUUGUACGCGUGGCGACAGCGGGAUGUGGCAGGAUGUGUAAAGUGGCAGGUCG